AAUGUGUAGAUGGCGUCAGACAGUGAAAGGAAUGAAAAGCUUGAGCCUCCAAAUGAGGAAGAGCAGCAGUCUCCGGUAGAUGACCCACAGUCUCCGUCGGAAGGUCAUUCGACUUUACCUGGUGAUGACCAGCAAUGGAAGUGUCUGCUGUGUUAUCUCUGCUUCUAUGGCUUCAUGAACCAGCUGCGUCCUGGAGAAAGCUUUAUCACACCAUACCUACUGAGCCUGGAAAGGAAUUUUACCAAAGAGCAGGUUACCAAUGACAUUACCCCAGUGCUGAGUUACUCAUACAUGGUCGUGUUGGUGCCAAUUUUCCUGCUGACCGAUUACCUGCGAUAUAAGCCAGUGUUGAUCCUGCAAAGCCUCAGUCACAUCGCGGUUUGGUUGCUGCUUAUCUUUGGUACUGAUGUCAUCGCCAUGCAGUUCAUGGAGUUCUUUUACGGCAUCACCAUGGCAGCACGUGUUGCCUACUCUUCAUACAUCUUCUCAUUGGUCUCCCCUGUCAGGUAUCAAAGGGCAGCUGGGUACUCCCGGUCUUCUGUACUCCUAGGGGUCUUCAUCAGUGCUGUGCUGGGACAGCUUUGCGUCACGUUGGGUGGUGUCCCGUUUCAGACUCUGAACUAUAUUUCUCUUGGCUUCAUGAUAUUUGGACUCCUCCUCACCUUGCUUCUCAAACGCCCCAAGAGGAGCCUUUUCUUCAAUAAAAAUGUUUCUAAACACGAGAAUGGAAUCAACCAUUCUGAGCUGCAGAAGAUGAAUCCUGAAGGCAAGGCUGGUGGCUGGUGUCCUGGAUGGAGAGACUCUGUGUUCAUUCGUAUGCUCACUGAGCUCAAGGGAACUUUCCGUCAUCCCCAAUUACGUGUCUGGUGUCUAUGGUGGAUUUUUAACUCGGCCGGCUACUACCUUAUGCUGUACUAUGUGCAGAUCCUGUGGAAUGAAAUUUACCCUACCAGAGAUAACCGUAGGGUAUAUAAUGGAGGUGUCGAUGCUGCUUCAACACUUCUUGGAGCCAUGACCUCUUUUGCUGCAGGCUAUGUGAAGAUCCGCUGGAGUCUAUGGUCAGAAUUGGUCAUCGGGUCAGUGACCGCUUUGCAGGCUGGGCUUCUCUUUCUGAUGAGCACGACUACAAAUAUCUGGGUGUGUUACGUGGCUUAUGUUAUUUUCCGGAGUUCCUACCAGUUCUUGGUUCCCAUUGCCAUCUUCCAGAUUGCAAGCUCUUUGUCAAAGGAACUUUGUGCAUUGGUGUUUGGGGUGAACACGUUCUUUGCUACAAUCUUGAAGUCUAUAAUUACGCUUGUGAUUGCUGACAGAAGAGGCUUGGCACUUUCCAUACACCCCCAGUUUUAUUUCUAUUUUGGCUACUUUACAUUGCUGGCUGUCGUGUUCCUUGGAGCAUCUGUCUGGGUUAUCAUCAAACACAAGCGACAGAAGAACACUGAAGCAAACGCCCAGGACCAGCCAGAAACAGCCGUUGAACAAAAGGCAGAUACAAUUUCUGGCAAAGAGUCCCAAGCAUGAAGUCUCUUCAUGGCCAGACUUCAGUAGACAGUAUUCCAGUAUUAGGCCGUGCACAGUCUGCUUGUGCUGCAAACAGGGCUACUGACAUUAGCGGAUAAGUAUAGGAAUAGCAAGACCUGGCUGUCCUAGUAUCAAGGUAUAU